AUCUCCGAUUCCAAUACACACCUCACCAACAAAUUUCCAAACUACUUCAGCCUACACACAUCACAAUGUCUGCCGAAUACAAGAACACCAACGUCAACGAGAUCGCCAAGAAGGCUGAGCAGGAACUCAGCAGCGAUAGCGCUACCAAGGGCCACAACGUUGGUCUUUCCACCACCGAAUCCGGCGUCGACACCGCAAACGUAGAGGGCAAGUUCCCUGGCGCAGAAGUAAAAUACGGCUCCGCUGCCAGCGGCGCUGGCAACAACCGCGAGAUCCCGCUCGACGAGGGUGGUUCCAUCAAGGCCAACGGUCAACCUACCAAGGCGGGUGACUUUGCUCACGGAGGUGUCGGCGCACCUGAGGAGAGGAAUCAGACUUAUAUCAACAACAACGGUGGUGAUGACUCCAUCCGGGGGAACAUCAGGAACUAG